CUAGCAGUCACCAUGGCCUACUCCGCGGAAAACAACAAACUAAGCAACUAAUUAUAGAAUCUAAACUAGAUAUUGAAUUAUUUUAUUGCAAGUAGCGACUUGAAGCUUGCCAUUUUCAUUUAAAACAUCCCUAACGCGACUUGAUAAUCAGAUAAUGCCACCUAAAAGAAAGACUGGAGGUAAAGCAACUUCAUCUAAAGCUAAAAAGGCUAAAAAUGAAAAGGAAGAGGAAGAAAUAAUAACUCCAAAUACAUUGAAAGAUAAAAUAGCUAAACUAAAGGAAGCAGAUAAAGGAAAAGUUAAAAAACACAAACCAGAUUCAAUUUGCCCAAACAGUAACAAUGCUCAGGUCUAUGAAGACUAUGAUGCUAUGUUGAACCAGACAAACAUUGGCCAGAACAAUAACAAAUUUUACAUAAUACAGAUUUUAGUAAUAGGAGGAAAAUAUUAUACUUGGAAUAGAUGGGGAAGAGUGGGAGAAAAUGGUCAGAAUGCUUUAAAAGGUCCACUUAAUGAUCCUAAAGAUGCGAUAAAAGAUUUUGAAAAAAAAUUUAAGGAUAAAACUAAAAAUGCAUGGAGUGAGCGUGAUAACUUCAAACCAGUUAAAGGAAAGUAUACUUUACUUGAAAUGGCUGGAGAUGAAGAUGAAGACCAAGUUGACUCAUCUGUAAUUAAGAUUGCAGAUGACAGCAACAAAACUGUAGCUCCCUGUUUGCUUGAUAAGACAACACAGAACCUGAUGAAACUUAUAUUUGAUAAUGAUAUGUUCAAGGCUGCACUAAAAGAAUUUGAUAUAGACACUAAAAAAAUGCCUCUAGGAAAGCUAAGUAAAGCACAAAUAGCAAAAGGAUUUGAAGCUCUGGAAGCAAUUGAGGAAGCUGUUAACAAUAAAGCGUCUUUAAAUAAAAUAAAAGAUCUUUCAUCAACAUUCUACACAAUAAUACCUCAUAGUGUUGGAAGAACGGUGCCUCCACCUCUUGAUACUUUAGAAAUGAUUCAGAAAAAGUAUGAUAUGUUAGCGGUUUUAGGAGAUAUUGAGCUUGCACAAAGCAUUCAGAAAGACAGAGAAAAAGCUAGUGCUGACACUAAUGACAGCACAUUGCCUCAUCCAUUUGAUGUUAACUAUGGACUAUUAAAAUGCAAACUUAAACUUUUAGAUAAAAAGUCCAAUGAAUUCAAGGUAAUUAAAAACUAUUUUGAAGCAACAAAGGGAACAAGUGGUUGGAGGAAACAGAAACUUACAGAUGUGUGGGAGGUUGAUCGUGAAGGAGAAGCUGAUAGAUUUAUAAAAAAUAAAGAUAUUGAAUACAGAAAACUUUUGUGGCAUGGCACAAAUGUAGCUGUGGUCACAGCUAUUCUAAAAAGUGGAUUAAGAAUUAUGCCACACAGUGGAGGUCGUGUUGGGAAAGGCAUCUACUUUGCAUCUGAGAAUGAUAAAUCAGCUGGAUAUGUGUGUCCUGCACAAGGCAAAGGUAUAAUGUUUUUAAAUGAAGUUGCACUGGGGAAACAGCAUAAAAUUACACAAGACAAGCCAUCAUUAGUUAGUGCACCAAAAGGAUACGAUAGUGUGUUGGCUUGUGGCCAACAAGAACCGGAUAGUAAAUUUGACACUACUCUGAAGUUUGAUGGCCAUGAUGUUAUAGUGCCUCAAGGUAAACCAAAAACCAUUGAUGAUUAUUCCAGCAGCAGCUUCUAUCAAUCUGAGUAUCUGGUUUACAGAGAAGAUCAAGUGUAUAUUCGCUAUUUAUUGUUGUUUGAUAUGUAGUCCUAUUUUGAAUAGUAAUAAUAAUUGAUUCACUUCUACUUAUAAUAUUAUUAGAAUUUUAGAAAACACUUAAACCUAGAUAGCACUUGAUUGUUGUUUUGUAACAUUUAUAGAGAACCAUAUGCAGGCACAUUUUCUUAUUGAAUAUAUUGAUUAUUUUGUUUUUAAAUUUACUUUAUUGAUAUCUCAAUUAAAGCAAUAAAUUGUCAUCCCAAAAGGAAAUCACGCUUUUAAAAACUA